AUGACUCAGCAGCAGGAGUUUCUUAAAAAGUUCCCCUCUUGGCUUUUAUGUUUGUCAGAGCUUUCCAUUCCUUCUGGCACCAUGUUGCUGCUCGCUUUAUUUUUCCUUAAAGCGCUUUGUUUUGUUGGGUGCUACCCGAAUGGUGCUCCCACGGGUGCCUGUGAGGAUAUGAUACCUCGACAUGGAGUUCUGCCUCAGCCUUCAUUGUCUCCCUACAGCAUUCUCACCAACACCGAGACUUUUCAGCCAGGCAAGCCUAUUACAGUGACUAUCACUGGGCCAGCCUACAGAGGAGUUCUUCUUGAAGCUCGAAUACAAGGGAGCACUAACGCUUUGGGAAGCUGGAAACUCCCUCCUCCGGACACCAAAUUCCUUCAGUGUGCAGGGAAUCUUCAAGGUGCUGUGACUCAGUCUAACACCAACCUGAAGGGAAACUCCACCGUGUACAACUGGAUCCCCCCCAACACUAUGAGCCCCGUCUACUUCAUUGCUACAGUAGCUCAGCAGCGCAGCGUCUUUUGGGUUAAUGUGAGAUCCAACACUCUGAUAAAUGAGAACAUGGAUAAUCUCAGGCUAGCUACAGAUGCAGGGUCUCAAAUGGCUGAAGAACAAACACUUCUUCUCUUGGUGAUAUGUUUGUUGGCUUUACUCAUUCAAGGAUAA